AUGCCAAAUCGCUCACUGGAUGUCCAUCUAUUUGGAAACAAGUCUAUGGUAUUGAAUUGGACAGUUAGGUAUCAGAUGGCCCUGGGAGUUGCCAGAGGGUUAGCCUACUUGCAUGAGAGUUGUCGGGACUGCAUCAUACACUGUGAUAUUAAGCCAGAAAACAUACUUCUCGAUACUUUAUUCGUUCCCAAAAUUGCAGACUUUGGGAUGGCAAAGCUUUUCAGAAGGGAUUAUAGCCGAGUACUGACUACGAUAAGAGGAACUGUAGGGUACCUUGCACCUGAAUGGAUUACUGGAGUUGCAAUUACACCAAAAGUUGAUGUCUAUAGCUAUGGCAUGAUGUUGCUGGAAAUAAUAUCUGGAAAGAGGAACUCAUGUGCACCAUGUUCUAGUGGUGGCAACCUUGAUGUUUAUUUUCCUGUGCAUGCCGCACAUAAGCUUCUUGAAGGAGACGUCGGGAGUUUGGUAGAUCAAAUGCUACAUGGUGAUGUCAAUCUGGAUGAAGCCGAACUGGCAUGCAAGGUUGCAUGUUGGUGCAUCCAAGACAAUGAGCUUGAUCGACCAACAAUGGGACAUGUAGUUCAGAUCCUCGAAGGGCUAGUUGAGAUCGGGAUGCCCCCGUUACCAAGACUGCUCGAAGCUAUGACUGGAAGCUCGCACUCAGCUCGGUCCUAA